GUUCGGCUGUGGGAUGCAGGGACGGGGGAGCCAGUCGGUGAGCCCCUGCGGGGGCACACUGAUUCAGUAACGUCGGUCUCGUUCUCUCCGGAUGGCACUCGCAUUGUCACUGGUUCCUGGGAUAAGACUGUUCGGCUGUGGGAUGCAAGGACGGGAGAGCCAGUCGGUGAGCCCUUGCAGGGGCACACCUAUUCAGUAAGGUCUGUCUCAUUCUCCCCAGACGGCACUCGCAUUGUUACUGGUUCGGACGAUAAGACUGUUCGGCUGUGGGAUGCAGUGAUGAGCCAGCCGUCGCAAUAUUACGCUGUGUCAGAUCCGUCAGCAUUAUCAGAUGAUCCAUCCAAUGACGACCGCAGUUCCAGCCCCUUUGUCCUGAAUGUUGACAGUGGAUGGGUGGUAGGGCCCAAACAUCAACUGUUAUUUUGGGUACCACCCGCUUCCCGACAUUCAUUAUGGAGCCCGGGAACUUGCUUUGUGAUACCCAGAGGUCUCGAGCUUGAUUUGAGCCGCAUGACACAUGGACAACGUUGGAAAGAGUGUCGACAGGAGUGA